ACUUCACUGGGCGGCAGUUAGUUCUUUGUGUGCAGUAGUGAACGUGCUUGUUAGGAUCGACAGAUCAUCUCAUCUUCCAACUGCGGAUCGAAAUCUGACCCAAUCACACCGGAUCACCUGUCCGCACUCCCACAGACGCAGUUAACUUCCUGAAUCAUUUCCAUGGCGCAAAGACGAGGACACAUCAGGUACCUGAAGGUGUGUGAGGUUCAGAACUCUCAGGGUGAUGUCAGAGACGCUUCGCUCGCCGCUAAAGGAGCUGCUGGAAAUGAGCUGUACGAUAACGGGUACGGCGAGCAGAUGAUGGAGGACGAAGACGCACGCACGAACCUGAUUGUGAACUACCUGCCGCAGAGCAUGAGCCAGGACGAGCUACGCAGCCUCUUCAGCAGCGUCGGCGAGGUCGAGUCUGCCAAGCUCAUCCGCGACAAAGUGGCAGGCCACAGUUUAGGUUACGGCUUUGUUAACUUUGUUAACCCUAGUGAUGCAGAGAGGGCUAUCAGUACCCUCAAUGGCCUGAGGCUACAGUCUAAAACUAUCAAGGUUUCAUUUGCACGGCCGAGUUCGGACGCCAUCAAAGAUGCGAACCUGUAUAUCAGUGGUUUGCCACGGACUCUCAGUCAGCAGGACGUGGAGGACAUGUUCUCGCACUAUGGUCGCAUCAUCAAUUCUAGAGUGUUAGUGGACCAGGCUUCAGGUCUGUCACGUGGCGUGGCCUUCAUCCGCUUUGAUAAGAGGGCCGAGGCCGAUGACGCUGUCAAACACCUGAACGGACACACGCCUCCCGGCAGCGCUGAGCCAAUCACGGUCAAGUUUGCUGCCAAUCCCAACCAGGCCAGGAACUCCCAGAUGAUGUCACAGAUGUACCACGGCCAAUCACGACGCUUUGGGGGGCCUGUCCAUCACCAGGCACAAAGGUUCCGGUUUUCUCCAAUGAGCACCGACCACAUGAGCGGAGGGGGUGGGGCCUCGGGGAGCUCAUCCUCUGGUUGGUGCAUCUUCAUCUACAACCUGGGCCAGGAAGCUGACGAGGCCAUGCUGUGGCAGAUGUUUGGCCCGUUCGGUGCAGUCUUGAAUGUGAAAGUGAUCCGAGAUUUUAACACCAAUAAGUGCAAAGGCUUUGGCUUUGUUACAAUGGCAAACUACGAGGAAGCUGCCAUGGCGAUCCACAGCCUGAACGGGUACCGCCUGGGGGACAAAGUCCUGCAGGUCUCCUUCAAGACCAGCAAGGGGCACAAAUAGAGGAGGGGGCAAGGCUAAAACUAAUAACAGGUGUUUUUGUUUUUGUUUUUUGUCUGUUUUCUCAGUUUUUCCCAGCAUGCCCUCUUUCUUUAUGUCAGUAAGUAAUUUUUCUGGCUGUGUGGGCAUUCAUCCACAAUAAAGGACUGAAAUUUGCAGUAUGACUGACAGCUGACUGUCAGCAUUGUUAUGAACAUAACUGGAGUUGUAUCAAUUUCUGCAGGUUUACUUUAAAACAUUUGGGGUCAAAGGUUACGGAAACUAAAUCUGCUCUUUUCUGAUUUGAGUAAAACGUUCAAUUGGUUUUAUGUACAGUUUAUGUAAAUGAUGUCAUGGUAACCACUGACAACUGAUUAAAGGAUUAAAAGUUUGGACAGGUAACCUGACGUUAUCAUGUCAGGUGAUCAGGUCAGUGUUAGACGAUUAGUUUCAUGUUGUACAGGUGAGGUAGAGGAAUGCACCUGAUGAACAGGUAACUGAUGUGAAGUCGAUUUUCAUUUGUUUUAUUUUUGUAUUGCAGCUUCAUUGUGACAUUUAUUCAGCAAUAAAUCUGUUAUUGUGAAAACUUAA